UAGCACCACUUUACUGAGCAGAGUAAAUAGUAAGGAGUUGUGGCUGCGGGACAGUCCAAGCACUUGGACACAAAGAAGUACCGCCAACAAAGGGUACCGUCUACAACAAUGAAUGACAUCAAACUGGCCCUGCUGGGCAGUGAGGGAGCAGGUAAAUCUGCGGUUUUAGUGAGAUUUUUGACCAAGCGGUUCAUAGGAGAAUAUGCAUCAAAUGCCAACUCCUUAUACCAUAAAAGGUUCUCCAUUGAUGGAAGACAGUUGAACUUAGAAGUCUUUGAUCCGUGCUCGCAGAGUGGAGAAAGCAGAUGUAUCCUGGAGGAACCGGUGGAUUGGGCUGAUGGCUUUGUGGUGGUGUACACCAUCAGCGACCGUACGUCCUUCCUAAAUGCCAAAAACAUCCUGGCGCAGAUCAAAGAAAGUCGUCGAGAAACCUGUAAAGGAGAGGUUCCCAUCUGCCUGGUGGGAAACAAGCAGGACCUAUGCCACAGCCGUCAAGUGAGUGAGGAGGAGGGCCGCUCCCUGGCCCAGGAGAACAAAUGCCACUUCCAGGAGGUGUCGGCGGCUGAGAACUACCUGGAUAUCUCCAACCUCUUCACCAAACUCAUUCGGCAUGUGAUGGAACAGCUUAAGCAUAGAGGUGACCGCAGACGGUACAGUGGCUCCAAGUCCAUGGCCAAGCUCAUCAACAAUGUCUUUGGCAAGAGGAGAAAGUCUGUUUGAGUGCAGAACAUAAAAGAGCCCAGAAAAGAGCAUUGCCUUGAAUCAGCAACAGAGACGUGUCCUUGUUAAGCACAAUUUUCUUGAAAUUUUUUAUAUACAGAAGUAUGCUCUGAUGAGUACUGUAAUUCAAAUACCACUAUGAGAGAUCCCAUGGAGCCAAGAACAUCAUAUAGAACAGUGGUUCU